AUGGUCCGCAAGACACGGGUACGCUGCGUGCUCGUGCUGUUCUACGAGGCCCUGCUUCUCGUCCCUACCGCCGCCGCUGCUGCCGCCGCCGCCCACAUGCCCUACAACCCGACUCGCGUCCUCCAGACAAACGAUAGCCUCUACGUCUUCCGUCCCUCGUCCCAGUCAUCGACUCAGUUCCAGCUCAGCAGCAUUGACCUGUCCGCCACGCUCACGGCUUCCAACCUUCCCUACAAUGACCUCUACUCAACCCUACCCUUCCUCGAUGACACCACCUUGCGCCCUUUUACACCGCUCCUCGACGCUGGGGGAAACCUGACUGUAUACACCGGCGACUGCACUCUAGGUGCCAGCGGAGCUCAGCUAUGGACCUAUACCCCAAAUGCUGCAGACUCUAGUGAAAAGGGUACUUGGAAACGAGAGAAUGUGUCGGUUACGGAUAACUCGCAUGCUGACAGCAUGGGCGCAAACUUUCUCAGCGCUGGAAUGGCUUUUUCAUCCGUCGUACCGGGGGACGCCCAAACUACUGGGGCAUACUUUUUCGGUGGCAUGUGUCCCAAUGCAAGCGACUCAACAGGGUCAUGGCAAUCUGCAGCCAGCUACUCCAACUCGGUCGUCACGCUCGAGCCCUCGGUCCCAAGCACCCAGUCUCUCAACUACCAGCUGGACAUCUCCUCGAGUCGCGGACCCCCGGUGCCAGAAGCCGGCUUCACCAUUACCGGCCUGUCCCCGACAUUCUCGGAUCGUAAAGAUGGAACGCAGAUCCAGCAGCAGAACUUUCUGCUCAUUGGAGGACAUACUAGUGCUGCUUUCCUCAACAUGUCGCAGAUUGCUCUCUUUUCCCUCCCAGAGCAAGGCUGGACAUUCAUACCGGUUGAACAGCCUGAUGGUUCGUCUGCAGUCGAACCUCGAUCUGGUCACACUGCCGUACUCAGUGCGGAUGGCCAAAGCAUAAUUGUCAUUGGUGGCUGGGUUGGAGACAUUAAUACACCAGCCGAGCCUCAGUUGGUAGUUCUUAGCCUUGCUAAUGGCUACGGUGGUGACGGAGAUUGGCAAUGGACUGUACCCUCUACAAGCGGUGCCGGAUUGCCGAACGGCUCUGGUCUGUAUGGUCAUGGGGCUGCCAUGCUGCCUGGAGGUGUGUUGAUGGUCACUGGGGGAUAUACCAUUCCCUCAUCUGGUGCCCAGCGACGAAGCGAUUCAUCGAGUGUCAACGCCCAGACGUUCUUCCUAAAUACAACCUCGAAUACUUGGAUCGCCGAUUACACACCUCCCGCCAAGACACCUGCAUCUUCGUCUGCAGAUGAUGGAUUCUUAUCAACAACUGGACAAAAGGCAGGCUUGGGUGUCGGUAUAGCCAUCGGUCUCGUUGCCAUAUGCGGAGGUGUCAUCCUGUACAUGUGCUACAGGAGACGGUCAAAGAACCGCCGACAGAUCCGGGAAAAACAACUUCAGGACCUAUCGUAUACUACACACAGGUACAACAUGGAGGAUUAUGCGCCAGGGUGCGAUGAGCGUGGGGCUCGACUUGACGCAUCUGACUACGUCGUUGAUCAGAACAGCUCUUAUUACUUUCCCCAAGGAGCCCAGGGCGGCCAGGGCUGGAAGGCAGCAAGCGGAGGAGAAGUUGAAAGAACUGGCUUGCUUGUUGAGAUUCCGAGUCCGACGCGUGGGUUGCGACGUAGUAUGGGCGGGAGACCUGCGUACGGUGUCAACAAGCCUCGCGGUCCAAGUGGUAUCCACCCAAUUGAUGAACUCGAGGAGGAAACGGACGAAGAGCAAGCUCAAGAUAACUCACCACUAUCAAGGCCCCCCGAAAUGGCUGAAUUGCGACCAAAAUUUGGAGUUGCAGUGCUUGACAACGCCCCCGUCUUGAAUUCGUCCGUGCCUGGCCAAAAGCAUGGCAAUUCGCAGAGAGAUAUGCGGUAUGCUGCGUCCGCAUCGAAUGCCCAGGAAUCGCCUAGUCACAGCAAAAGUAAUUCUCUUGGACGGAUUCAAUUAAACUCGGCUGGUAGAAUUUCCCCGGACAAAUCAAACUCCGAGCGCACAAGCUCAAACCUCAGUGAGCGGAGUAUCAUGUCUUGGACCUCUGCAAACGAGGGCGCUCUUGAGAAUGUAUUGAUGCGCUGUGGAAACACGCCGAACAAUACUGCCGGCUCCUCCAGAUCAACAAAUCCAAGCCCUACCAGCGACAAGGCCAGGAGGAGAGGGGAGGUUGGCCGACACUCUCCUGAUGAACCUCGGACACACUCUUUCAAUAGUGAACAAAGUCAUGGCCGGCCAGACUCGGAAUCUUUCCGGGCCGUUCAGUCUUCGUUUGCGCAUCUGCAAGCUGAGGGUGAAGCACUGCUUGGUGGUAACCCAGAGCGGUCGAGGCCAGAUACUGGCUCUUCUAAAUCAGACGCGUGCCACGAUACAGACCACAGCAACAGCCGAGCGGGCACUGCUACUCCAGCUACAUCUUUUGUCUUAGACAUGUCGGGUGUACCCCGGUCCACGUCCAGAGUGCGAAGGACAAGCUGGUUGGGCAGUGUCCGCAAGGUAUUGACAAGAUCAGUCUCGGGCGCUGAGCGCACAAGGUCCAUGAUUUCUCCUGCGACAUACCAAGAACCCUAUAGAGAUGACCCAACUUCUCCUACUGAGCCACGUCAGGCGGACAUGCGGAAAUCAUUCCCAGCCGCCACUGCACCGCCCCAGCGUGCAGCUUCAGAUGCAAGCUUUUGGCGCAAUAGGAGAGGGAAAAAGGACUGGCUGGACGACGAACAAGAUCCAGCCUGGCGCCGCACCGCUGGGGAUGACUGGGGUGCACCUGAAGACAUUGCCAUGGCUGAGCGUGAACGCCAACGCCAGGAAUGGAGAGAAAGGGGCAACUUGCUGGUGAACCUCGACAAUGAUGAACGAAUGCCUACACCGCGCACGCCCAUUCUCUCAGACCACCUCGGUAUCCCUGUUGGCGAAGACCGGCCGUGUACUCCCGCUAGCGAGGCUGAUUGGGACGUUGAAGCAGCUGUCGAGCGACGAGUGGUUCAAGUCAUGUUCACGGUGCCCAAAUCUAAACUACGUGUUGUCAACGCCGAUAUAGAUGGUAGCAGCAUCUUGUCAGUCCCUCAAGAUAGCGACAGUCAGGCGACUGAGUCAUCAAAGAGCGGAGGCUCACCCAGUCGUGUCAAGGAUAUCGCUGGACGGUUUGAGCAGAUGAGCAGCAGCACCAACAACAACAGUCCUAGGAUAUCACCCAGGCCAUCGCCCAGACCAUCUCCGUCCAAUUCGAUCAAGUCGAUGAAGAUAAGGCAAAAGGCCAGCCAAACAUCUUUGGCAAGGCAACAGAGCCUGAGAAAUGCGGCCAAGGCUAGUGGUCUCAGCCCGCUCAGCAAUGGAGAGAACUAA